AUCGGCUUUUAGAGUACAAUUUGUGUUCGCACUGAGCACAACAGUAGUUAACGAGUGCGGUUGUAAAACAAAUUUUUGUGCAAAUUAAAACAAUAAAGUUGUUUUGCAACUAAUUUCAAAUAACAACGCAGGGUUUGCAAUUAAAAUUUGUGUGAAUUUAGUUUGAAAAUUUGUAGAAGAUCAAAACCAAAAGUGUUUUACUUACAAGUAACACAAACUGCCAUAUAAAUAAAUAAGUAUAUAAAAAUAACUUAAGAUGAAACUAGUGAUCUUGGAUACUGCGGACUCAGUUGGAGUUUGGGCUGCCAAAUAUGUGAUGAAACGCAUUAAUGACUUUAAGCCUGGCCCAAAUAAAUACUUCGUUUUGGGUCUACCCACCGGUAGCACACCACUUGGCAUGUAUAAGAAACUCAUCGAAUACCAUAAGGCCGGAAAGGUGUCUUUUGAAUUUGUGAAGACUUUCAAUAUGGAUGAAUAUGUUGGCAUACCACGUGAUCACCCCGAAAGCUAUCACUACUUCAUGUGGAAUAACUUCUUCAAACACAUCAAUAUCGAUCCCAAGAAUGCGCAUAUUUUGGAUGGCAACGCCAAGGACUUACUCGCCGAAUGCCAACAAUUCGAGUCAAUGAUCCGGGACGCGGGUGGUGUAGAGCUCUUCAUUGGUGGCAUCGGACCGGAUGGACAUAUAGCCUUUAAUGAACCUGGUAGUUCGUUGGUCUCACGUACACGUGUGAAAACAUUGGCACAGGACACACUGGAGGCGAAUGCGCGCUUCUUUGAUAACGAUAUGAGUAAGGUGCCCAAACAGGCGCUAACUGUGGGUGUGGGUACUGUAAUGGAUGCAAAGGAAGUGAUGAUAUUAAUUACGGGUGCACACAAAGCGUUCGCCUUGUACAAGGCGAUCGAGGAGGGUGUAAAUCAUAUGUGGACCGUAAGUGCCUUCCAGCAACAUCCCAACACGUUGAUGCUUUGUGAUGAGGAUGCCACAUUGGAGUUGAGGGUUAAAACGGUGAAAUAUUUCAAGGGUAUACUCAGAGAUGUACAUGAAAAAAUGAUUGGAGAGGAAGCUGAUUUAAACGUGCAAUGAAUUGAUCCAGCUAAUGUCCAUAUUACUACGGUCCCAAUGUGGUCUUAUGGAGCUGCACGGGAAGAUGGUGGAAGGUGUGUAAUCAAUCACAAAAGUUUUGAUGAUAUUUUUGUUACAAUUUCGAAAGCAUUUAACUCAGCGAAACAUUAGUUAGUAUAUACAAAUUUAAUUAGCCAUGAUAUUACAAUUGUUGUAAUAAAAAAUACAGAAAUAAAAAAAUAAUAUUUGUGAUGAAGAAAACAA